AUGACGGCCAACGGGACAUCAUGGCAGACGAAGGCCAUGAAAGACGCUCCCAUUGUCAUCAUUGGAGCAGGUAUGGGCGGCCUCGCUACCGCAUUGGCACUAGCAAAGAAGGGGUUCAAAGACAUCCAAGUGAUUGAACGGGUUUCUGGGCUGGGCUUCGUAGGCGCAGGUAUCCAGAUGGCACCUAAUGUGGCUCGCAUUCUCACACGUCUCGGAUGUUGGAGCCCCGUAGAGGCGGAAGCGACUGACGUCCUGGAGACGAGUAUUCGAGAUGGUGCCUCAAACCAAGAGCUAGCUCAUGUUAAUAUGCCCAAUAUUCGAAAGAUGUACGGGUACCCGCACUGCACUGGGCACCGAGCUACUCUUGCUGGAAGCCUCUACGACGCUUGCAAACUCGAGCCUGCCAUCAAGUUCAAGUUUGGGCAUAGCUUGCGGAGCAUAGAAUCAUUUGCUCCACAUACCACCUUCACGCUUCAGACAGAGGCAGGCGAGACACUGCAAAUAAAGGCUGCCGUCCUCAUUGGAGCCGACGGUGUCAAGUCUAUUGCUCGCGCCGCACUUCUUUCAAAGGCUGGGUUGUCGGAGUCUGUAGAGGACACCGGCCAGGCGGCAUACAGAAUCCUACUACCUCGAGAAGCCAUGGCCAAUGAUCCCGAGAUGAUGCAGCUUCUCGAUAGCAACCAGGUGACUCGUUGGAUCGGAGAGAAGCGCCACUGGAUCUGCUACCCAAUUGCCUCCAGAACCAUCUACAACAUGUCUUCCAUCCAGCCAGAUGAUAAUUUUGCCGCGGCUCCAUCAUCAACAUAUACAACCAAGGGGUCCAAAAGUGCUAUGAUGGAUGUCUUCUCGGACUUUUGCCCUCUGGUUCUGCGCAUGCUCGACCUGGUGCCGGAAGGGGAGGUCUGCGAGUGGAAGCUACGCUCGCAAAAGCCUUUGCCUACAUGGGUCCACGGAUCCGUCGCUCUGCUGGGAGAUGCCUGCCACCCGACGUUACCUCAUCUAAAUCAAGGUGCUGGCUUAGCAAUCGAAGACGCCGCCGUACUUGCGGAGGUGCUAGAUCGCGCUCCUGACGCGACUCCCAACACCAUCAAUAAGUGCCUUCAAGUCUACGAAACACUUCGGAAGCCGCGUGCGACGACUUUGGUGGACCUCGCUGCCCUCUCUGGGCGGACACUGCAUUUGGGCCAGGGAAAGGCCAAAGAGGAGCGUGAUAAGCAGUUCGCAGAGGCAAAUGGGGGUGGCAAGGUUCCUGAUAAGUGGGCGUCACCAGAAGUGCAAAAGAUGAUAUAUUCAUAUGAUUGUAUGGAAGAGGCUGCGGCUAAGUUUCAUGAGGAGUAUAGGAAGCUUGAGAAGGGUAUUCUGAAUCGGCUGUACUGCUUCGUUAGACUGAAGUUAUGCUGGUAA